UGCUGUCUUUUCAGCACCACGGCGAGUCACUUCGGAACUGCAAGUUAUCAAGAAACAUCUUCAUCGUCAUUGGAUUUUUAUCAUUUUUCAUCUGUUUAUUUUUCUUUCGAAUAUAGUAUACUUUACUCAUUUGAAGAACGCUUUCAGUGGUCAAUUAUAGAUUGUUUAAAAUGAUACAUGUGUAAUUUAAAGCGCAAAUAUUUUCAUUCGCGGCGCUUACACAUUCAGUCUUGCUCGUACUGAUAAAUAUAUAUCCCCUUGCAUUUUGUCGCAUAAAGACUCAGUUAUUUAAAAAUGUGCUUUUGACAGCUCCGGAAUUCUGGACUAAAACCAUUCGUCUGAUUAAAGACAAAAAUCAAGUAAAAAUACUAUUCAGAAGGGCAGCAGAGUUUCCGGAUAUCACUGGUACUCGCACGCUCGUGUGAGAGAAGUUAAGUUGCUGCAACAGCCUGCAAUAGGUAGCUUACUGUAAUCUUUAUUCUUGUCGCCGGUAUGUUCGUCUUCGUCGUUGGACUGCUUUACUUUUACGCGCUGGGUAGCGGGAGAAUUGUGCGAGGUCAUGACGCCAAGGGUACCCGCUUUGUUUGCAGUGCGAUUCCCAAAAACGUGGAUCCGAGCUGCUCGUUUCCCCCGAAUCCCAUGCAGAGCACGAGUGCGCAGGAGGACGAGCUGAAGGGCACGGUCAUGCAGCUGCGCGAGACCGUUCUGCAGCAGCGGGAGACCAUAGUUAACCAACAGGGCACAAUCAAGGAGCUGACCUCGAAACUUUCGCGCUGCGAGACCUCCGCCCUGGACUCACCAAAUGACGGAAAAUAUCCAGGUCAAGGGUUGUGGAGACAAGACUACGGCAAAAACACCAUGGGGGACCUCCCUCGGGACCCGGCGGAAACUAUCGACCACCUCGGAAAGACCAUGCAAAGUCUUAAGGAUCGGCUCGGGAAUUUGGAGCAGCAGAUACGGACGAACGGGUCGGCCGCGGCGCCCUCCGGCGAGAUGCGCGACCUGCUGAAGGGCCGGCUGAGCGAGCUGGAGAAGCAGCUCCUCGGCAAAGUGGCCGAGCUGGAGGAGGAGAAGUCCCAGCUGUACAACGAGACCACGGCCCACCGCCAGCGCACCGAGAACACCCUCAACCAGCUGCUGGAGAGGAUCACCGAGCUGGAGAGAGGAAACAGCAAGUUUAAAUCGCCGGAGGAGUUCAAGCUGUCCCUGCCGCUGCGCACCAACUACCUGUACGGGCGCAUUAAGAAGAGCCUGCCGGAGAUGUACGCCUUCACCAUCUGCAUGUGGCUCAAGUCCAGCGCCAGCCCCGGCAUCGGGACCCCCUUCUCCUACGGCGUGCCUGGCCAGGCCAACGAGAUCGUGCUCAUCGAGUGGGGCACCAACCCCAUGGAGCUGCUGGUCAAUGACAAGGUGGCACAGCUGCCCCUGUCAGUGGGCGACGGGCACUGGCACCACGUCUGCAUCACCUGGACGACCAGGGACGGGUACUGGGAGGCCUAUCAGGAUGGGGAGAAGCUGGGCUCCGGCGAGAACCUGGCCCCCUGGCACCCAAUUAAACCGGGAGGAGCCAUCAUCCUGGGCCAGGAGCAGGACAUCGUAGGCGGGCGUUUCGAUGCCACCCAGGCGUUUGUCGGGGAGCUGAGCCAGUUCAACGUGUGGGACCGCGUCCUGCGGCCGGCCGACAUCGAGGGCCUGGCCAACUGCUCCUCGUACAUGCCGGGGAACGUGGUGCCCUGGGUGGACAGCAACGUGGAAGUGUUCGGCGGCGCCACCAAGUGGGCACUGGAGAUGUGCGAGGACCGCGUGUACGACUCGUAAAGGACCCGCCGCAAUUCCACAGAGACGCGGGAAGAAUACCCCCCCAGUGGCCCCCUACCCCUACCCUCCCAAGUGACCCCCCUAUGGCUAUGACACACCACGGCAACAAUGGUUUGACAGGUCAUAGAUCACUCAUAACCUGUUGCUGGAUCUUGUUCCCAUUUCAACUGGCUGGUAAGAGGGUUUUAUUCAUUUUUUCGGGGGGGGGGGGCAGUUUGUUUGAAUAAUAUGUAUUCACUGUGUUCAUAAACUUAUAUGCAUAUGCAUGUGAGUCAGCUGUCGGUUAGCAAAUUGUUGGUUUACAUUUAUUUUACCUUUGCUUGUGUUGUCUGGCUUUCUGUCAAUGUGUUUAAAAUGUAAAGUUAGAAAAGAUUUCAGAUUGCACUCUCUUUCUCCUGAUUGUUGACAAUUUUUGCGUGACCUGAGGUUUAAAAAAAAAACUUUUUACAACUGCUUUUGGAAUAUUUUUUUAAUAUUUCGUUGUUUCUAUGUGCUUUUACAUGAAAUCACGACAUGCAGGAGCUGAUCUGUCAAUUUGACAAUCACAGCCUAAUCCUGAAUUUAUGACAUUGUCUCCAGUGCGACCUGUGUUUCUAAACACACCAGGAGCACUUUACAAUGGAGGACAAAGAAUGUGAACACAAUCAAACUGUAUGUUGUACACUGCCACAGGCGAACAGAAUGUAUGCCGUUUGACAAGUUCACAAACACACACACACACACACAAAACACAUGUGUGCGCGCACACAUACUUGCACAUACAAAAACACGUGUGUACACACGCUUGCACAAAACACACACAUGCAAAAAUGCACUUGUGUACUCAACACGUUAGGCCUUCCAAAUCUUUCAUUUGGAAGUUUGUGUGUCCAAGACACUGGUACACUAGUGUCACUAUUGGUCCCCAGGAUCCCUUCUGGUAUUCUUACGAGGACUCUGAAGCACACUUCUCCCAAAAUCCUCGCUAUGUAACUGUAGCCUUACACAAUUUCUGACA